CCCGCGGCCAUUUCACGAGAUGUAUGUAUCAAGGAGUCUUUGCUUUUUGCAGACCUGCUUUGCUUGUCUUCAGCCUACCGCUUGCUUCUGUAUCCUUCAUGUUCUUGGCAGUCGCUGACGCUGUGUUCCCACCAGGUCCAACAGACUCGUGCCUCAGGUGUAUCGUCAGAUCAUUGACGAUGUCAUUGAGAAUAUCAAGGUCGACUUUGACGAGUACGGGAUGGAAGAGGAUGUCUUGAUCAACUUACAAGCGAAAUGGGAAGCAAAGCUGUUGGAAACGCGAGUGGCAGACUUUGCGAGAGCUCCAGGAGUUUCGGGAUCUCCAGAUGCAGAUGGCGAUUCAGAAGUCUCUCGUCCCUCUGGGGCUACCGCAGCUUCUUCAUCCACUGGAAAUCCCAACCAGGCCUACUCGUAUCAACCAGCCAAUCAAGCGUACGGCCUAGCGCUUCCUGGCCAGAAUAUGGCUGGCCCGUCGUCCAUGAUGAAUGGAAAAGGUCGCCCUCCUAUUCCAGGUAACGAUGUCAGGGUCAAAUCGGAAUCGGAUGAUGUCUUGCGUAUCCGAGGAGGCAAGCCCGACGACAACGACGACGGGGAGAGCGACAUCAAGCCGAAUGUCAAGCCGGAACCAAAUGCUGCUGGUCUACUACCUGGCGAUGAGGUCAUUGACUCGGAUCUAGAUGACAGUGAUGACGAGCUGAAGGACGGCGAUGAGGACGGAGAAGAUGGAGCCGAGGUGGAUAUUGUUUUCUGCGUCUAUGACAAGGUUCAGCGAGUCAAGAACAAGUGGAAGACCACCUUCAAGGACGGCAUGAUUCACAUUAAUGGGCGAGACUAUCUCUUUGCCAAGUGCAGCGGGGAAUUCGAGUGGUAGGCCGGAGGCAAGCCCGGGACAAAUGUUGUAUCGAGUUACUUUGUGUAUCAUCUAGACUAAACCUUUCUUCAAAAGAAUCUGAGACUCUUCUCGAGAUAACCAAAUUUUUACACCACGAAUCAUCUACGAGACUUCAACAGAACAUGCAUCACGUUAUCAUCGU